AUGGCGCCAAAGAAACAGUCUUACGCGGGUUCCGCUCGGUGCCGGCAAUGCAUGAUUCAGGGCGUCGCCAAUUGCGUCCGGGUUACGGCGACGCCGACCGCCGACAAACCAUGCGACGGCUGCGCCGUCUCCAGACGGCAUUGCGCCGCCCCGUUGCCCGAUCCGACGGACCUAUCCGAGCACGCGCCCGCCCGUCACCCGACCACGGCCCUCGAGUGGGGCGCCUUCAUGACCAGCAUCCUCGGGAAAUGGGAGAAUAAGCUGGGAGAGAUGGAGGCGAGCCUCGCUCUAGCGGCCGAAGCGAGCCAGGAGGCCAUGGCGCUCGUCAUCCGCAGCGCCAUCGCCGACAUCGUCCAGGAAUCAGAGACCGCCCAGGCCACCGUCGAGAAGUACUCCGCCAUGAACGCCACCGCCCUUCGGGACGCGAACGAAGCGUUCCGCAACUUGGAAACUACCGUGUCCGGGCACGCCGCCCUUUUACGAGAGCUGCGGAAGGAUAUGGCGUCGCAGGCGACCGCGAUGGAAUUGAUUCGCGCCGAUCUCGACGAGCACGCGGCGUGCAUCGAUGCCAUCGCGUCGCAGGAACGCUUCGAGUUCCUGCUUGGCGCGAUCAGAAAGAUCGGUCAGAGGGUCGGCGUGGAAGUUGGCACGCCUCCACCGCUCGUACCGACGUCCCAGCAGAGGUCGUAUUAG